CUGCUGCUGGAGACGGACUGGGAAUCCAUCUUGCAGAUCUGCGACAUGAUCCGUCAGGGAGACACCCAAGCUAAAUACGCCGUCAACGCGAUCAAGAAGAAAGUCAAUGACAAGAAUCCCCACGUGGCUCUUUACGCGCUGGAGGUCAUGGAGUCAGUCGUUAAAAACUGUGGCCAAACAGUCCAUGAUGAGGUGGCCAAUAAACAGACUAUGGAGGAACUGAAGGAAAUACUCAAGAGGCAAGUGGAGACAAGUGUCCGCAGUAAGAUCCUGUACCUUAUCCAGGCCUGGGCUCAUGCCUUCCGCAACGAGCCCAAGUACAAGGUGGUGCAGGACACCUACCAGAUAAUGAAGGUCGAAGGUCACGUGUUCCCGGAGUUCAAGGAGAGCGAUGCCAUGUUCGCUGCAGAACGGGCUCCAGACUGGGUCGAUGCUGAGGAGUGUCACAGAUGUCGAGUGCAGUUUGGUGUUGUGACACGGAAGCACCAUUGCAGGGCCUGCGGGCAGAUCUUCUGUGGCAAAUGCUCCUCCAAGUAUUCCACUAUCCCCAAGUUCGGGAUUGAGAAGGAAGUGAGAGUCUGCGAGCCCUGCUACGAGCAUCUCAACAAGAAAGCUGAGGGUAAAGCUGCUGGCACCUCCGAACUGCCCCCCGAGUACCUGACCAGCCCCCUCUCCCAGCAGUCCCAGCUGCCUCCAAAGCGUGACGAGACGGCCCUGCAAGAGGAGGAAGAGCUCCAGCUAGCUAUUGCCUUGUCUCAGUCAGAGGCCGAGGAGAAGGAGAGGAUGAGGCAGAAAACAACCUACUCCAUGUACCCGAAGGCUGAGCCCACCCCCGUCACGUCAUCGGCUCCCCCGGUCAGCACGCUCUAUUCCCCACCCGUGAAUUCCUCUGCUCCCUUGGCUGAGGACAUUGACCCAGAGCUGGCUCGGUACCUGAACCGCAACUACUGGGAGAAGAAACAAGAGGAGGUUCGCAAGAGCCCCACCCCGUCAGCUCCUUUGUCCCUCACAGAGCCCACUGCUCAGCCGGGGGAAGCCCACCCCGCCCCGCUCGGUGUUGUUGAGCAGCAGUACCAGAACGGCGAGUCUGAGGAGAACCACGAGCAGUUCCUGAAAGCACUGCAGAAUGCAGUCACCACGUUUGUCAACCGCAUGAAGAGCAACCACAUGCGGGGCCGCAGCAUCACCAACGACUCCGCCGUGUUGUCCCUCUUCCAGUCCAUCAACAACAUGCACCCCCAGCUGCUGGAGCUGCUCAACCAGCUGGACGAGCGCAGGCUGUACUACGAAGGCCUGCAGGACAAACUGGCCCAGAUCCGGGAUGCGCGUGGGGCUCUGAACGCGCUGCGGGAGGAGCACCGGGAGAAGCUGCGCCGUGCAGCAGAGGAGGCUGAGCGCCAGCGCCAAAUCCAGUUGGCUCAGAAGCUGGAGAUCAUGAGGCAGAAGAAGCAGGAGUACCUGGAGAUGCAGCGUCAGUUGGCCAUCCAGCGGCUGCAGGAGCAGGAGAAGGAGAGGCAGAUGCGCCUGGAACAGCAGAAGCAGACCAUCCAGAUGAGAGCCCAGAUGCCAGCCUUCUCGCUGCCCUAUGCCCAACUCCAGGCCAUGCCAACAGCCAGCGGGGUGAUCUACCAGCCCUCUGGGCCCACCAGCUUCCCUGCCACCUUCAGCCCGGCCGGUUCUGUGGAGGGCUCUCCCAUGCACAGCGUCUACAUGAACCAGGCAGCACAAGGCGGCACGGGGCCGUACAGUGCCAUGCCCGUCGCAGGGACGGAUCCCAGCAUGGUGAACGCCUACAUGUACCAGCCGGGGGCCGGCAGUGGGCAGGCGGCUCAGCAGGGGCAGGCGGUGCCCACCACCACCCCGGCGUACUCCUCUUACCAGCCCACUCCAACGCAGGGCUACCAGAGCGCAGCCUCGCAGUCGCAGAGCAUCCCGGCCAUCUCCCAGGCCCCCCAGUCGGGUGCCAUGGGCUACAUGGGCAGCCAGUCAGUCUCCAUGGGCUAUUAGCCCUACGGCAUGCAGGGCCUCAUGUCUGCCCUGCCGGGCCAGGAAGCC